AGUCUGCUGUGAGCAGUGCUGCGGAGAGGACGUGCCGGCGGUGUCUCCUGCCACGGGCAGCCUUUGGAACUAUACGUGAUAUUGUGUUGGUUAUGUAAGAAAAUGUUAGUGACUGAAGGUCACGGAAUAUUGACUAGACUGGUUAUCGCCUAACAAAAGAACAUGAAUCCGGAGAGACUCAUCUGUGUGAAGAACCUCGUGUUUGAACAGUGGAUAAAGCAAUCUGCAUAGAGUGACUCCUCUGCCGGUGUACGCGGCUGUCACCAUGAAAAAACAAGUAUAGUGACGAUCGUUGAUGAGGGGUGUGAGAGAGAGAGAGAGAGAGAGAGAGAGGAGAGAAAGAGAGAGAGAGAGAGAGAGAGAGAGAGAGAGAGAGAGAGAGAGAGAGAGAGAGAGAGAGAGAGAGAGAGAGAGAGAGAGAGAGAGGGACAAUCUAUCACAUCUGGAAGACCAGCGAUAUUCACCCUUGACAAGAGAGCCAGUGUUAUCAGAAGACGCUGAUGAUGAAGAUGGUCUGGAGCAGUGUCCUCCUGCCCACCUUCCUCACCCUCACCUGCUGCCUUGCUGCCUUCUGUGCCGUGGGAGGGAGCAUGCUGCCGAACGCAACCCAGCCAGAGGCAGCCCGAGCGAGGCAGGAGGCCAGCAGCAGCCACCACAGGAGACACCAGCAGAAGCAGCAGGCACCCCUCGCUCUACCUGUACACCAUCAGAGCCAGCAGGCACCCCUCGCACUACUUGUACACCAGCAGAGCCAGCAGGCACCCCUCGCCCUGCCCGUACACCAGCGGAGCCAGCAGGCACCCCUCGCUCUGCCCGUACACCAUCAGAGCCAGCAGGCACCCCUCGCCCUACCUGUACACAAGCUCCUGGUCAGUGGCACUAACUACAGCAGGGACGCUGAUGGCACUCUCGACGGGCCUUACUUCCUCACGCCACUUGACAGUCAUCUCACUACCAGGGCGGGUCAGGCUGCUGUCCUCACCUGUGUUGUUAAGCAACUGGGCAACAGACAGGUGUCGUGGAUCAGGGGUCGCGAUCUACACGUGCUCAGCUCAGGUCAGGUGACCUUCUCAUCAGACUCGCGGGUCAGCGUCACUCACCUGAAGGACUCGUGGGCCCUCACCAUCAGAUACUCUCAGCCCCGAGACGCCGGGAGCUACUCCUGCCAGGUCAACACCCAGCCCCCCCUCGCCUCCUGGUACAACCUCACCGUCGUAGAGGCUCGGGCCAACAUCUUGGGGAAGGAGACGAUGUACGUCCAGAUGGGCAGCACCGUCAGUCUUGAGUGUGUCAUCAAGGAGGAGCUGGUCAUCCCUGGACUGGUGCUGUGGUACCAGGGCGACAGGCUGGUGGACCGGGACUCCGGGAGGGUCAAGGUGGUCACCAUUGUGGGUAACGUGACCACCAGUACACUGACGGUGGCCGGGGCCACGCGCCAUGACUCAGGCAACUAUUCCUGCUGGCCUUCUGCAGGCCGCCCUGACAACGUCAUCGUCCACGUCAUACAAGGUGAUCCGCCAGCGGCCAUGCAGCAUGGCAACUCAGCCACCUGGGUCACCACCCUCCUGCUGGUGCCCGUCGCAUCCUCUCUCACCUCCCUGCUGCUCCUGCUGACGUGACACUGAUCGGCGCUACUGCUCCUCCUC